AACACGUUUCAAAUGUGUACAAAAAGUGAAAUUUUGCAAAUUGGCAUUGUACUCGUUUGACAUAUAUACUGCUAUACGCGAUUACUUUGUGUGUACGGUGAUGUGCGACUGCGGUCGCGGUUGAGACCAAAGCCACUGCAGCUGGCUGGCUGGCUAUCGGACUGCCUGCCUGCCUGCCUGAUUGUCUAGCAAUGUGUUGCGUUGCUGCUGUGGCCUUCUGUUGCUAUUGCUGUUGCUGACUGCCCUGCUGGUGCUAUGCGUUGUUGCUGAGUGCAUGCUGUCAAACGUUUACGCGUGUGCUUAUAUGUGUGGAUGCAUGCAUAUAAUGAGUAUAUGUGUGUAUGCGUUUUAAAACGCUACUGUCGUCAUUACCACCACCACCCGCACCCAAGCGCAUAUAUAAGGCUAUUAGACGAUUACGAUUUUGCCGCUUAGUAGCAAAGCGACGGCAACAAAUUUGUUAUAAAUGUAGAUGUAGUUUGAUGAGCAUUGGAUUAAUAGAAAAAUUAGAAGAUAGGAAUGCCUCAAAACACUUCUAACAGCUAUGAUAACAGCUGUGAUGUGACAUGGCCUUCCUCACGUUUUCGUUGAAAUCAGAUAAAAUCGCUUGUCAAACGUUGUUAGAGAUUACACUUACAACACAGAAUAUCCGUGCGACCCAACCUCCCACCUGCAAACUGUCAAUAGCAGCUGCACACGACCGGCUUCACACUCGUGUCCUGUGCACACAGCUGACGAGACGACCAAAAUCACUGCUACACACGCACACGCACGCAUACGCAAGCGAUAAAGCAUACAUACAAAAGAAGUAAACUAAAGCACGCUUAUUAAAAUAGCUCCAGGAUUUUGUACAAAAAUUAAGAAAUAAUAAAAAUGGAGAAUAAUGAUUCCUAUGUGAAUUUGCAGGCAGAGAAACGUUUUGAGCUAUUACGUCGAAAAAAAUGGUUUCAUCCAACAAUAAGUGGUAUAGAAGCUGAGAAUCUGCUGCGUGAAAAAGGCUUCGAUGGCUCAUUUUUGGCACGCCUCUCAUCCUCAAAUCCUGGCGCUUUCACGUUAUCGGUACGCCGCGGUCAAGAGGUGACGCAUAUAAAGAUACAGAACAAUGGUGACUUCUUUGAUUUGUAUGGCGGUAAGGAGCAUAGGACAUAUUAA